UGAUAUGACUAAAAAGACAUGUAGCUGUAGGUUGUGGCAGUUGAGGGGCAUACCUUGCCAACAUGCAGUUUGUGCCUUAUAUCAUAUUGGGCAAGAACCAGAAGAUUAUGUGGAACAUUGGUACAAAAAAGAUACAUUUCUAAGUGCAUAUAAGUACUUUUUACAACCCAUUUCCAAUAUGGUAAUGUGGCCUGACACCAAUAACCCACCAGUUGAGCCUCCUGAAGUGAAGCCAAUGCCUGGAAGACCAGGUAGAUGUAGAAGAAAAGAUAAAGAUGAACCAAGAAAAAAGAAGUGGGGAAAAACAUCAAAGAAUGGAGUGAAGAUGUCAUGUUCCAAAUGCCAUCAAGUUGGGCAUAACAAAAGAACUUGUAUAUCAGUGGUAAGUACUUUUGUCUUUCUUUUAAAUUUUAAUCAGUUUUAUACUUCUAAUUGUGUGUCUUUACAGCCUUCUGAACAACCCACACAACAGCCUGCAAGGCCCUUUCAACAACCACCAGUGAGGCAGCCUAGCACUGGAAAUGCCUCUUCUUUAUGUGCAGAUACUUCAAAGGUUAAAGGAAGGAAAAAGAAGCAGUCAACUGCAAGGGCAUCAUCUUCUUCAGUUGCAUGGACAUCAUCUUCUUCAGUUGGAAUGCCACCACCUUCUUCAGUUGGAAGGCCACCAACUUCUUUAGUUGGAACGCAACCAGCUGCUUCAGUUGGAAGGAAAAGAACAAGAGAUGUGGGAUUUGGUGUUUACACAGACAUACAAUCUGGAAGACAAGUGAUUAACCCAGGAAGAUCAAGUGAAAGAGUUAUCUCAAGUGGAACAGGGGUGGCAUUUAAAGAUGCAUCACAAACAAAUGUUGAUCUUGGAUUCAAGCCACCUAGUUUAAAAUGGAAAGGAAAAGAUGCAAUGACUGGAAAUCAACUUCAACAAUUGUCAAAGAAAAAGGUGCAAAGCAAAUCCAAGGGAAAGUGGGUUCCAUAAGAGCUCAAAGUCUUACUGAUGUGUAUAAAUGUUGAUCUGGGAGG